AUGUCACCCGGCGACAAUCGCCUUACUUUGCUCCGCCGAGACCGGUUGGGGCUGGCCUGUUUGACCCUCACUCCCCUCCCAAGGAAGUUGAGAGAGCACUCGACGACUUCGACGACUUUGGUAAGCCACAUACUCCUUAGCGUGUCAUUCAAGGUGCUAAGGUCCCAAUUAGACAGAGCUCUGCUUGAAAAGAGCUCAAGAGGGCAGGACAUUGCGGAACGAUUAGGCCUGACUCGGAUCUCGCCUCCCCCCAAGCCUCUCGCACCGUUCAUGACCGGUAGCACGAGGAGGUUUUUACAAGGUGAGCCACACUCCUCGUUAAGAAGCUACGCUCUCAUCAUGAAUGUAGAUGACUUGCACGACAACCCAAUCAUCCAGACAUCCAGCUCCUCGCCCUCUGCCCCUGCUACGAGUCCAACAGUCUCUUUCCUCCAGAACCGUCAACGUGACAAGGGUAAUCCAUCUUUUCAAAGUAAGGCCUCUAUCUCAAGACCAAAUGAGCUUCCAAGUGAGGAAGUCAGAUCCGCCACGAACAUGAGCACUGCAAGUAAGAGAGCAAGCCAAAGAUUAUCGCUAAGCAGUCAGCCUGUCCGGGCUCCACCAGUCGUCCAAGGAAUUCAGCUAGUCCCAACUACUGCAUUGCCAGACCAAAUUCGUUCAGUGUUCAAGUUUGAGAUCUUCAAUGCUGUCCAGUCAAAAUGUUUUGAAAGCGCCUUCCGAUCUGACGACAAUGUCGUCGUCUCCGCCCCAACCGGCAGCGGAAAGACUGUUGUCAUGGAGCUAGCUAUCUGCAGGCUAGUGGCACAAUCCAAAGGUCAAGACUUCAAAGUUGUAUACCAGGGCCCUACCAAAUCGCUAUGCUCAGAAAGAUAUCGUGAUUGGGAAACGAAGUUCGGUGCGCUCGAUUUGCGUUGUGCCGAACUUACAGGUGACAGUAAUUACAGCGACAUUGUUAACGUGCAAAAGGCAAGCAUUAUCAUCACAACUCCAGAGAAAUGGGACAGCGUGACUCGGAAAUGGAAAGACCAUGCUAAACUCAUGCAGCUUGUUAAGCUGUUUCUUGUCGACGAAGUGCACAUCCUCAAGGAUGACCGUGGCGCUACGCUUGAGGCAGUCGUGUCAAGGAUGAAGUCCGUGAAUUCGGACAUCAGAUUUGUUGCAUUGUCGGCCACUGUGCCGAACUCAGAGGAUAUUGCAGUCUGGCUGGGGAAAGAUCCUACGUCCCAACACUUACCCGCGCACAGAGAGGUCUUUGGGGAGAGUUUCCGGCCUGUCCAGCUCAAAAAGCAUGUUUAUGGAUUUGACGUGAAAAGCAAUGAUUUUGCUUUUGACUCGAUGUUGACGCACCAGAUACCUGAAAUCAUUGCAAAGCAUGGACGUGGGAAGCCCGUUAUGGUCUUUUGCCCUACGCGGCGGGCUUCGGUUACAACUGCUAAGGUGAUGGCGGACACAUGGUCAAGCUCUAAUCCAUCACAGCGGCCGUGGAGUGCACCGGGAAGGCAGCUCACCUUAGCGAGCCCUGAUCUCAAAACCACGUCUGUCGCAGGAGUAGCUUUCCAUCAUGGAGGAUUGAGCGCAUCAGAUCGCCACACAAUCGAAAAUGCUUUUUUAAACGGACAGAUCAAUAUCAUCUGCAGUACUUCGACGUUAGCCGUUGGCGUCAAUCUGCCCUGCUAUCUGGUGAUUCUGAAAGGGACAAAAGCCUGGACCGACAAUGGCUUCAAAGAGUAUGCAGACCUAGAAGUCAUGCAAAUGCUGGGUAGGGCAGGCAGGCCGCAGUUCGAAACUUCAGCAUGUGCAGUUAUUCUCACUCGAAAGGAGAAAGUCGCCCGCUACGAAAAGAUGGUGUCAGGUGAAGAAUUGUUGGAGAGUUGUCUUCAUCAGAAUCUUAUCGAGCACCUCAACGCAGAGGUUGUCCUCGGAACUGUACAUGACCUAGCAACAGCAAAGCAAUGGCUAGCGAGUACAUUUUUCUACGUCCGCCUGAAGAGGAAUCCUUCCCACUACCAACUUCAGGAGGGAAUCAAGGAAAACACCGAGGACGAAUUGCUCGAACAACUGUGCGAGAAAGAUCUCGCGUUGCUUCUGGACGCUGGACUCAUCGAACAAAACGCUCGACUGACCUCAAAAUCGUUUGGAGAAGCAAUGGCAAGAUACUACGUCUCUUUCGACACGAUGAAGUCUUUCAUGCGACUACCCCCCAAGGCGAAGAUGUCGGAAAUCCUGUCGGUUUUGGCUCAAGCAAGAGAAUUCCGCGAAGUGCGAAUGUUGGCUGGGGAGAAGUCAUUUUACAAGGAAAUCAACAAAGCCCCGGAGAUCAAGUUCCCGAUUAAGGUCGAUGUCGCCCUUCCGGCCCACAAGAUCUCUCUACUGAUCCAGGCUGAACUGGGAAAUGUCGCAUUACCUGACGGCGAACACCACAAAAAGCACCACCAACAGAGCCGAAUUGACAAGAUUCCGGUAUUUGCUCAUGCGAAUCGGCUAAUUCGGUGUAUCAUCGACUGUCAAAUUCAUCUCGAAGACGCCAUCUCAACUCGACAUGCGCUUGAAUUAGGCCGCAGCCUUGCAUCACGCGUCUGGGACAAUACUGCUAGCCAGCUAAGGCAGGUUGAAGGUCUGGGCGAAGUUGCUGUUCGAAAAUUGGCGUCUGCGUCAAUCAACAGCAUCGACACACUUCUCAAUACAGAACCCUCUCGCAUUGAAUUGGUCCUCGGAAAGAACCCUCCCUUUGGCCACCAACUAUUGCAAAAGCUGGAGUCAUUCCCCAACCUGAGGGUGUCGGUCAAACAGACUGCUCGGAAACUUCGAGUCGGUGACGGUGCCAGGAUCAAAAUAAUUGCAGAAAUUGGAUUCUUGAACAACGUGUUGCCUCGAUCCUUCAACAAAAAGAAUUUCUCUGUCUGCUUCCUGGCUGAGACAUCUCAAGGAGCUCUCAUGGACUUCAGGAGAUUCAACCCGAAGAAGUUGCAAAAUUAUGAGCAAGUAUGUCUGACUUUGCACCUUACGAGGCCAACGAGUCACGUCAACUGCUAUGUGAUGUGUGACGAUAUUGCUGGCACCAGCAAGUAUGCCCAGCUGAACCUGUCCGACAUCCCGAAUUCAGUGUAUCGUAAUCUGCGAGCGCGGGAAAGCAUGCAAGACGAGCCAGAAAACUAUAAGCGCAAUGCUGGAGCAUCGGAGUUCUGGGAUGAGGACUUCGGCGACGGUGGCGUCAACGAUCAGGAUCUGCUUGCUGUCGAAGCCGAUGGAACCACAAUUGAAGAGAUCGAAGACAUCGAUGACAUUCUCGACAAAGAAGACAAGAAGUGGACUAAGCCAUCAAAGCAGGUUCUACACCAACACGGAAGCGAGAAUCAUGAACGCACAGAAGACUCUGAUGUUCCUAUUUAUCGAAAGUCUAUACAGCUACCCAGCGGGCGCUGGACUUGUCAACAUGACUGUAGUGAGCGCGGCAGGAAAUGCAAACACAGAUGUUGCAAAGAAGGCGUGGCGAAGCCUAGGCGCAGACCAAAGACGGAGCCCAAGAUCAAAGAAGAAGAGAAAGGCCAAAAAAAGAUAACCGCAGUAAUGCAGCCUCCUGGUGGACCUAAAGCGAAGCCGGAAAGCAAACAUCAUAUGGGGUCAGCAGAUGUGGCCAAACCAGCACAGGAAAACAAGCUAGAUCAGAAUAGGGCAAGUGUAUUCAACAUUCCAAGAAGCCGAAGCCACGGGGAUAUGAUGCCAUAUAGUCUCACAAAGCACAUCGACGAACCUGGGGCAAAAAGACUGAAGCUGUCAAAGGAUCGGGAAACAGACAACUUCGAACAUCCUUACGCGGAUACAGAUUUCAAGUCUGAGCAUUCACAGGAACCUGACAACAAUGGCGCAACAGAGACGGAAAAGGAACACAAUUCCCGGCUGGAAAUUGCCAAUGAUGGCUUCUUUGCUCUCCUUUCCGAUGAGGACGAUGACGGCGAUAUCAAGCUCCCCCACGAGGGGUUUGGACCACUUAAUAAACAUGGCCCCGGCACUGGAAUUAGCGCUGAAGUUGUUGACAAAGCAAACGGCUUCAGCACAGACACUCCCGGCGAGGACUGGCCUGCUGGAUAUGAGGAAAAAAUGGAUUUCUUGACCUCGGAUGUUGACCUCGGAUGUUUUGAUGCACCACUCGAGCACGUUACCAUGUCUGACGUCCUCAAGAAAGGUAAAAGUCCUGCAACACGUCAUGACAGCUUUGCGAUGCCAGAACUACCUAAUCUUGCGAAUGGAACGGACUUCAACGGUGAUUUCUUCCUCGCUCCUAUCGACUUCGGUGGACUUCCAGUGGAUCACGCUGGGCAAGUUGAUGACUCUGUGGGUAUUGGGUGCGAGGAUAUCACAUCAUUUACAGAUACACCGGUCGAUUCCUUGGUGAAGACCCCAGAAGACCCAGGGACCUUGGCCGUACCAAUAGAGGUAGAAGAUGGUGCAGUGGAGACACCCUGCAAAGAGUCUGACUCUGAGCGGGAAAAGAGACUGUACGAAGAAGAUCAGAAGAAAAAAUGGGAAGGAAUUGAUCAGUGGAUUUAUGAUGAGUUCCAUGAAUACGUCGAGCUUGUUUGA